AUGGCUGCGGCUGCCAUCCGCAAGAGGAGCUCACAUAUGCGUCCCAUGGCUCGGUCGAGGGCCCCGCCGGAUCCAAAGCUCGAAGCCCACCGCAAGCGCCGUGCCGUCGAGGUCAAGGUCUUUGCCCUCCGUCGCGAGAUGCGUGCCCGCGGCGAGCCCGAGGCCGAGAUCGAGGCUGCUAUCGCUCACUUUCGUGCAAAGCUCGCUGCUGAGUUCGCCGAGAAGGAAAAGGCCGCAGUCGAGGCCGAGAUCGAGCGUGAGCGCAAGGCAAAGGAGGAGGCCGAGGAGCUGCAGACAGAGGCCGCAGAGCGCGAACGGGUCGCUGCCCUCCGCAAGGCCAUCUUUGAAAAGCGCAAGGCCAAGAAGGCUGCAGCGCUGGCCGCAGCUGCCCGCGGCAGCGCUGCUUCAGCCUCGCCGUCCCGCUCACGCUCACGCUCCCGCUCGCGCGAGCGCAACCACAAGACUCCUCCCCACUCCCGCUCCUCUCGCUCGUCACAGCGGAGCCGGCGUUCCCGGCGGCGGCGUCGCUCGCCGUCGUACUCGUACUCGGCAUCAGGCUCGGCCUCGGCCUCUUACCCCUACUCGUACUCGGGCUCAGCCUCGGGAUCGUACUCGGGCUCGGGCUCGGGCUCGGGCUCUGGCAAGCGCACGCGUUCGCGCAAGAGCAAGGGCAAGGGCAGGAGCAUCAAGCGCUCCGCUUCGGCCAAGCGCACAACUCGUGCCGCCGAUUCGGCCCAGCUGGCCGACGAGGUGGCGCUGGCGGCGACAGCUCUGGUCGAGUCCUCGGUCGAUGGCACCAUCUUUGACUACUCGCCAGAGCUCAAGUUCCUGUGUAAAGUCGUGGAAGAUGCGCUUGCUUUUGGCUUGGCGGGCAAGGCCCGGCUCUUUGGCUCCAAUCGCCGCCACUUUUGGUACAUGCUCGACGAGACCGGACGGAAGGCCGGCGGUGCUCUCAAGGAUGCUGCUGUGGCGGCCGCGGGCGAACCGUCAGUCCGGUCGCCUGCUGGAAAAGGUCGAGUGUGGAUCCGGAACGCAUUGGCCGGCAAGCAGCUCGCCAUCUUUCUGCACGCGCUCUGGAUCGAGCACCAUAUGGACAUGUACGACUUCUACGACUCAUUUGCCCUCGCCGUCAACAGGGACCUUGCCGAGGCCAUCCUCGAAGCGCUGGUCCCGCUCGCAUCCGUCGACUUUGAACUAGUUGCCAGCAACGUGAGCCUGGAUGACUCGUGGGAGCCGCUCGUCGAGGUGCCCAAGUGGCGCCGUCGCGCCGCCACCGUCGACGCCCGCCCGCCGACGCGCCCUGCCCGCGCUGCGCCCGAUGAGCCAUCCGCCGAGGCAAGCCAUCCGCCGCCGCAAACGCCAUUCCGUAAGCGCAGCGCGUCCGCGGUCGAUCCCGGCGACUGGAAGACCAAGCACGAGCGGCUUCGCGCAAAGAUGGACGUGCUCCAGUCGAUGCACGCUGCCGACUAUGCACACUUGCAGGACCGCUACAAGUCGCUGCAGCGCGACUUUGACGAGGCAUGUCUCGAGCUCGCUCAACUGCGACAGGCACUUCGCGACAAGCGCCCCGCCCCGCUGGCUGCAUCCGACGUCAGCGGGGAGCGUACUGCCGCCUCCGCUCUCCAGACUGAGCUCGACAACGCCGUCGCUGCCGCUGCUGCCCGCGAGGCCGAGCUGGUGGCGGCGCUCGAGGCAAAGUCCGCCGAGCUUGACGCUGCACGAGCAGCACAUGCCGAGCUCGCAGCAAAUGACGCCAAGGCGCGAAAUAAGAAUGAGCAGAUGCAGAUCGUGCUGCGCGAGACCAAGGCCCAGCUUCAGAAGCUUGCCGAGGACCACCACGCGCUCUCGUCGCUUCACUCGCAUCUUGGCACCAUUCACCGCAAGACGCUUGCAGAGCUCGCCGAGGCGCAGAGCGCAGGCCCGACGCCCGAGGUUGCAAACCGUCUUGCGGCGCUCGAGUCGCAGCUGGACGACGCUCGGGCCGCGGCUGCCGCCGCCACUGCUGAGCGCGACUCGGCGCAUGCGGAGCAUGUCGAGCUGAUUCUGGCCCACGAGGAGGCGCAGCGAGAGAUCGAGGCGCUCAAGCGAGCCGCCGAAGCGGGCACAGCCGCGGCGGCGGCUUCUCGUGCGGCGGCGAUGGCACGGGCCGAGGCCGAAAAGACCGCGGCCGCGCGGAUUGCUCAGCUGGAGGAGGCGGUGGCUGCGGGUGAAGCCGCUGCAGCGGCUGCUGCCGCAGAACGCGAUGCGCUGGUCACCCGGCUCGCCUCGCUUGAAGCCGAGAUGCAGUGCGCCGCUGAGGCGUCCCGCUCGGCACUCGAGUUGCAGUCGCAGUCACGAAUGGAGGCCGAGGCGCAGGCACGCGAGGCCACAGCCAAACUACAGAAGACAGCAUCGGCGCUUGCCGCGUGCGAGGCCAAAGCAAGCACGCGUGCGAGCCAGAUUGACGAGCUGCAGCGUGCGCGGUCUGCAGCUGAAGAAUCUGCUGCGCAGGCAAGCGAGGAGGCGGCCGUUGCCCACGAAGCGGCUCAGGCGAUGACGCAAUCGGUCUCGGACCUUGUCACGCUCAACACCGAGCUCGAGGGCCAGGUUAGCAUGCUGACGGCACAAGUCGCCGAUCUCGAGCAGCGAUGGACGGUGGCCGGUAAGAACGAGAAGGAGGCGAGCGCUUGCUGCGGCUGCGGCGAUGACUUUACCUUUUUCAACCGCAAGCACCACUGUCGGCGGUGCGGGCUGAUCUUCUGCAACGACUGCACCCUCCACCGCGCCACGCUCAAGGCCGCCUGCAAGCCAGUCCGAGUCUGCACUCACUGCCACGCGGCAGUCCGCAUCGACACCGGCGACGCGAAUGGCGACCCGAUUGUCGCCACCGACCUCUCGCCGUCGCCAUCGCCACGGGCUCAGCCGUAA